UACUCUCUCUCUCUCAUCCAAACCCUAACUUUCUCUCUCUAUCAGAAAAGCCAAAACCCCCAAAUCCUAAACCCACUCACUCUCUCUCUUACCCCACUCUCUCUCUAACAGGAUAUCUGUCGCCUUCAAUUGCGACUUUCCCACCACACCCACACUCACAUUCACUCUCUCUCUCUUCUCUCAUUGGAUUUUUUUUUGGUUGUAUAUAUACAUUUCUAGGUGUUUUUCUAUUGGUUCGGGUAUGAAUCAAGUCGCGGGGUCUAAGGAAGCGGAGGACGAGUCAGCGACUCAGUCCAUCGAGCUUUCCAAGGGUUCCGACAAGGCCGAUUCCGCCGGUACUGGUGCUGCUGUUACUGCAGAAGAAGACGCCGUCGAGAAGCCAGACAAUCCAAUGGAGGAGGAUUCGGUCAGUCCCGCUACUGUUUUCUGUAUUAGGCUCAAGCAGCCUAGGUCAAAUUUGCUUCAUAAGAUGAGUGUUCCUGAGCUAUGUCGCAAUUUUAGUGCAGUUGCUUGGUGUGGUAAGCUGAAUGCUAUAGCUUGUGCAUCAGAAACUUGUGCAAGAAUUCCAAGUUCCAAUGCAAAUUCACCAUUUUGGAUCCCCAUUCAUAUUGUGAUCCCAGAGCGACCAACUGAGUGCGAAGUGUUUAAUGUUGUAGCAGACUCUCCUCGUGAUUCCGUUCAGUUUAUUGAAUGGUCCCCUACUUCUUGUCCUCGUGCUUUACUAAUUGCCAAUUUUCAUGGGAGGGUAACCAUAUGGACUCAGCCUUCACAAGGUUCCGCAAAUGUAGUACGUGAUGCUACCUGCUGGCAACGUGAGCAUCAAUGGCGGCAGGAUAUUGCUGUUGUCACAAAAUGGUUAUCAGGGGUGUCUCCGUAUAGGUGGCUUUCCUCAAAAUCAAGCACUGGUGCAAAUUCUAAGUCAACAUUUGAAGAAAAAUUUAUUUCACAGCAGUCUCAAAAUUCAGCUAGGUGGCCGAAUUUUCUUUGUGUUUGUUCUGUUUUCUCUUCGGGUUCUGUUCAACUACAUUGGUCCCAGUGGCCUCCUAAUCAAAGUACUGCUCCAGCCAAGUGGUUUUGUACAAGUAAAGGACUCUUGGGUGCAGGGCCUAGUGGGAUCAUGGCUGCUGAUGCUAUCAUAACAGAUAGUGGAGCCAUGCAUGUUGCAGGUGUUCCAAUCGUAAAUCCAUCUACUGUUGUUGUUUGGGAGGUGACUCCUGGCCCUGGAAGUGGAUUUCAGACAACUGCAAAGAGAGUCGCAAGCAAUGGAGUUCCACCUUCAAUCAGUCCACCUUCUUGGGCAGGUUUUUCACCUUUAGCUGCAUAUUUGUUUAGCUGGCAAGAGUAUCUAAUAUCUGAAGCAAAGAGCGGAAAGAAGCAGACAGAUUUAGAAUUAAGUGAAACUGUGCAACUUCAUUGCUCUCCGGUUUCAAAUUUUUCUGCAUAUGUAAGCCCUGAAGCUGCAGCUCAAUCUGCAACAACUACUACUUGGGGUUCUGGAGUUACUGCUGUUGCCUUUGAUCCCACCCGCGGGGGUUCUGUGAUAGCUGUUGUCAUAGUUGAGGGACAAUACAUGUCUCCUUAUGAUCCGGAUGAGGGUCCUUCAAUUACAGGAUGGAGAGUGCAGCGCUGGGAAUCCUCUGUCCAACCUGUUGUUCUACAUCAAAUAUUUGGAAAUCCAACUUCCAGUUUUGGUGGGCAGGCACCCAUGCAAACAGUUUGGGAGUCCAAGGUGAAUACAUGCAUACAGCCAACUAAUGACUUUAAGUGUCACCAAACAACUGCAGCAGGACCAACAUCCGAUUCUAUUGUGGAGAAGGCAAAGCGAGUAACUUUUGAUCCUUUUGAUUUGCCCAGUGAUGUUAGAACACUAGCUAGAAUAGUCUAUUCUGCGCACGGUGGUGAGAUUGCUGUUUCUUUUCUCCGAGGUGGGGUCCACAUCUUUUCUGGCCCAAACUUUGCACCUGUUGAUAACUAUCAGAUCAAUGUUGGAUCUGCAAUUGCUGCUCCUGCAUUUUCAUCUACAAGCUGUUGUUCUGCAUCUGUUUGGCAUGAUACCAGUAAGGAUCGAACCAUUUUGAAGAUUAUUCGUGUUCUUCCUCCUGCUGUUCCAAGUAGCCAAGACAAGGCAAACUCAUCAACCUGGGAACGUGCAAUUGCAGAGAGAUUUUGGUGGAGUCUUAUGGUUGGAGUUGAUUGGUGGGAUGCUGUCGGUUGUACACAGAGUGCUGCUGAGGAUGGCAUUGUUUCAUUAAACAGUGUUAUUGCGGUAUUGGAUGCGGAUUUUCACUCUCUUCCUUCAACUCAGUAUAGGCAACAGUACGGUCCUAGUCUAGAUAGGAUAAAGUGUAGACUAUUGGAAGGCACAAAUGCUCAAGAAGUCAGGGCAAUGGUUCUGGAUAUGCAAGCAAGGUUAUUACUGGAUAUGCUGGGGAAAGGAAUUGAAUCAGCUUUGAUAAAUCCUUCUGCUCUGGUAGCCGAACCAUGGCAUGCAUCUGGUGAGACAUUGUCUGGCAUUGAUCCUGAAGCAAUGGCCGUUGAUCCAGCACUAUGCUCCAGUAUUCAGGCUUAUGUUGAUGCAGUUCUUGAUCUAGCUUCACAUUUUAUUACACGCUUGAGGCGGUAUGCAAGUUUCUGUCGCACGUUGGCAAGUCAUGCUGUCACUGCAGGUACUGGAAGUAACCGUAAUAUGGUGACAAGCCCUACUCAAAGUUCUGCAUCUCCUGCAACAAGUCAGGGGGGUCAAAAUGGAACAACAAAUUCAACUGGAAGCACCCAAAUGCAAGCUUGGGUACAAGGUGCCAUUGCAAAGAUUAGUAGCACUAAUGAUGGUGUGUCUAGCUCAGCUCCCAACCCAAUAAGUGGUCCAUCAUCCUUCAUGCCUAUCAGCAUUAACACGGGAACUUUUCCUGGAACUCCAGCCGUUAGGCUUAUCGGCGACUGUCAUUUCCUUCAUCGGCUGUGCCAACUUUUACUAUUUUGUUUUUUCUUUCGCCGAACACAGCUGCCUCGCUAUAUGGGUAAUGCACAAAGAAAUACUGAUACAAAUGUGCAAAGGCCUCAGUCUGGCCAGCCUGGGAAAGUUGAAGAAAUGGGUUCAGGUCCUGCAAAGCCAUCAUCAGUGGUUAGACCAGAUGAAAGUCAGGUAACCCGAUCUGGUCAGGUCGUGCCUGGAGCAAAAGGUGUUGAAGAAGGAAGUGCUGGAAGGUCGAGACUGGGUUCUGGUAAUGCCGGUCAAGGGUAUACUUUUGAGGAGGUGAAAGUCCUAUUCCUUAUACUGAUGGAUCUUUGUAGGCGGACAGCAGGCCUAUUACACCCGCUUCCAGUAUCUCAGGUUGGAAGUGGCAACAUCCAGGUGCGGCUGCAUUAUAUUGACGGUAAUUACACCGUUCUUCCAGAGGUUGUUGAAGCAUCCCUGGGUCCUCAUAUGCAGAAUAUGCCACGGCCUAGAGGUGCUGAUGCUGCUGGUCUGUUACUUCGAGAGUUAGAACUGCAUCCCCCAGCUGAAGAGUGGCACAGGAGGAACAUGUUUGGUGGACCUUGGUCAGAUCCAGAUGAUAUGGGCUCCAUAGAUGAUACUCCCAAGCCAUCUUAUUCGGCUCACCCACUUGACUUCAGUUCAGUGGAGAGUUGUGAUGUUUACUACGGCACUCAAGGCUUGUGGCCAAGGAAACGCAGGAUGUCUGAAAGAGAUGCAGCUUUUGGACUUAAUACAUCUGUAGGCCUUGGAGCCUAUCUCGGUAUAAUGGGAUCUCGUAGAGAUGUUGUUACUGCUGUAUGGAAGACUGGUCUUGAAGGAGUUUGGUACAAGUGCAUAAGAUGUUUGAGGCAAACUUCAGCUUUCACUUCACCCACUGUUACCAACGCAGCUAAUCAAAACGACCGAGAGGUUUGGUGGAUCAGCCGUUGGGCUUAUGGCUGUCCUAUGUGCGGUGGAACAUGGGUUCGCGUUGUGUAAAGGAAAGCCUUGGAUGCUAAAGGGACUGUACCAUACAAAAUGAGGAAGAUUUUGUACACCGGAAGAUUUCAAAGCUUCCCAAAACCAUUUUUUUACUGAACCGAGCUCUUGGCGAUUGAUGAUUAUCGAAACUUCUCAAGUAGCAUUUUGAUUUUACAGGGCAUAGAUCACACAGCUUGAGGUGCCAAAUCUCCUUCCCAGCUUGGGCAAAGCCAACCCCCUUACUAAUGCCUGGCAUUUUAUCCCUGUGAGACUUCUUUUUGUUUAUUUAUAGAGCAGGAGAAGUAGUCAGUAGAUAUAUUGAAAGUUGUGUACACUUGAUUGUAGAGAGAGAGAGGUAGAGUGAAAAAGAGCUAUUUAUAGAUUAGCUGACAGUAGUGGAUGACUGUGAUAACCCUUGUGUAAAUGGGUCUAAUGUGAAUUAGAAUUAGGUAGUUUUGCCAAUAAAAUCAGCUGUUUCCAUUGCUCCUUUUA